ACUCUCUCUCAUUGUUCAUCAGAGAAAGAGAGUUGUGAUACCUGAUCUCUCUGAUUAGUCUAUUAUAACUUAACUUUCAUAACUUUACAUUUUUUUAAAGUUGUGUAACUAUUUUAGAUUCCUUUUAUUGGAGGGACAACUUUACUGAUGUGGCCUUCAUAACAACAAAGCCUGUGAUUGGCUUACCAGGGUUUGAUGGUCGCUAUAUGGAGGUGACGGUGUGGGGCUAAGGACAGCUAAGUCUCCUGCUGACCAUCACUCACCCAAAUACCGGUUGGCAGACCACAAUGCAACACGUUUUGGAAUAUGCAUUGGAUCGGGCUGAGUACAUUGUUGAAAGUGCUCGUCAAAGGCCAGCGAAGAGGAGAGCCUCAUCCGGAGGGAAGAAGAGUUUAUACCAGAAACUAUACGAGCUCUACAUCGAAGAGUGUGACAAAGAACCAGAGCUCAAGAAGCUGCGUAGGAAUGUGAACCUACUGGAGAAGCUAAUGUGUCAAGAGUCAGUGUCGUGUCUGGUCGUCAACCUCUACCCUGGCAACCAGGGAUACUCCCUCAUGCUCCGUGGCAAGAAUGGAUCUGACUCUGAGACGAUCCGUCUGCCAUAUGAGGAAGGCCAGCUGUUGGAGUACCUGGAUGCUGAGGAGCUUCCUCCUAUCCUGGUGGAUCUCUUAGAGAAGUCCCAGGUGAACAUCUUCCACUGUGGCUGUGUGGUAGCUGAGGUCCGAGACUACAGACAGUCUGGCAACACUAAGAUGCCCUCCUUCCAGAGCAGACACGUCCUGCUACGGCCCACCAUGCAGACACUGAUCUGUGACGUCCAUGCCAUGACCAGUGACCACCACAAAUGGACUCAGGAUGAUAAGUUCCAGUUGGAAAGCCAGUUACUGCUGGCCACAGCUGAUCCUCUGUGUCUGGAUCCAUCUAUCUCUGUCGCCUGUACAGCCAACCACCUGCUCUAUAACAAGCAGAAGAUGAACACUCACUCUAUGAAACGUUGUUUUAAGCGUCACUCUCGGGCGGCGUUGAACCGCCAGCAGGAGCUGUCCUACCUGCCCAUGCCCCCCCAGCUGCGUCUCUAUGACUACCUGCAGAGGAGGAAGGAGAGGAAGCCGGCCCCCUCGAUAGACCUGAAGAUCUCAAAGGCCGGAAACUGUGUGGACAUGUGGAAGCAGAGCAACUGCCAGCUGACUGUCCCCAAGGAGAUUGAUGUGGAGAAAUACGCAGUGGUGGAGAAGUCUGUGAAGCUGGAGGAAUCUCAACCCACUGUAUGGCCUGCAGAGGAAGUGAUAGAUGACUAUACGUUUGAGUGUGAGGUUGGGGGUAAGACCCAGAGGACCAAGGUGUCCAUCUUCCAGUCGGUGGGCGACCCUCUGGUCUACGGAAAGAUCUACUGCGCCAAACAGCCCGCAGUUGAGGAGGACAGCAGCGACCUUCAGAUCCUACACCCAUCUUUCCUAAUAGGCUCAAAGAUAGAUGCCAGUCGGUUCCUGUCCCAGUAUAAGGGUGUGUAUGAGUCAGACGUGAAGUGCCAGGUGAAGAUGUCUCAUAACUCAGGAUUUGUGGGACGGAACCGGCUCUCACCCAGCAGAGAGACAGAGGCGGAUGGUCUAUCAGCCCUGGUUCAGUCGUCGGGUGUGUUGGGGAAGGGGGUGAAGCACCGGCCUCCCCCUAUCAAACUACCUUCCGCGUCGGGCAGCAGCUCCACGGGUAACCUGUAUAGUUCAGCCCAGGCUACCAGUGGUCUCCUUAAGUGUCCUACGCCCCCCCCAGGAACAGGCCCCGGCUCAGCCAAGCCCCAGUCUCUGAGUAGGAAGCACUCUGUGGAGCUGGGGCAGGGGUUACAGCUGGGCGGGCAGUUAGGACAGGUGGGGUUGUUGUCCCCGGUAGCCCUAUCUCCCAUGGGGACAACACAGAGAUCGGGGACCCCCAAACCCUCCACCCCCACCAGCACCCCCUGUUCCACCCCUCACCCCCCCGACUCCCUCCUCUCCCUCUGUCCCCUCCCGUCCUCUGUCACCCCCACCCCCCUGGAGCCCCAGGCCCUCCUGGCUCCGUACCCUCAGCAGCAGCUGUCCCUGUCCCAGGCUUUGCCCGUCAUGACCAUCCCUCUUCCCACCAUGGGAACCUCCAUCACAACGGGGACCAGCUCCUCUCAGGUCAUGGCUAACCCUGCUGGACUCAACUUCAUCAACGUGGUGGGAUCUGUCUGCAGUCCCCAGACUCUGAUGAAUUCUAGUCAAAUGUUGGGUCCUGGUCUCAACCUGAGUGGUCUAGGAGGACUGAUGCCUACCAUGCAACCAACCACACAAACAGGGAGUCCAUUUGGUUUGAACACUAGUCCAGGCCUUAGACCCCUCAACCUGCUACAGAUCCCUACAGGUCCUCUGAUCUUUAACUCUCUGCAGCAGCAGCAGCUCUCCCAGUUCUCUCCUCAACAGAGUCAGUCUGCUACGUCCAGCCCACAGCAGCAAGGAGACAUGGGUGAUCAGGGGUCAGACCAGGGUGCUCAACAGACUGCUGUCAUCAACCUGACUGGAGUAGGAAGCUUUAAGUCCCCACAGACAGCAGUGCUGUCCCAGUUAGGCUGUGGUCUGGAUGGCUCUGGUCCCCCCCUGCCUUCUCCAAGGCUUCAGCAGCCGCAGAUACAAUUGCAAUUCUUGCACCAAAUGCAGCAGCAAAUGGCUAUGAGGGGGGCGGGGCCUCCGGGGGUGUCGCCACGGCUACAUACCGCCAGCCAACCAAGAAGUAAGAGGAAGAGGAGCACACCGCAGCCUCACCCCUAAUCAUGAAGAUGACGACACCCUACACACACACACUCAUAAAAUGACCCCCAGCCAUCUGGUGAGCAAUGCCAUGGCACCUCCCCAAAUCAUGGAGAGAAAACCAACCCCUUCCCCUUCAUGAAGACAUGAAUGAUCCAAACUGCACUCUCCUCCCUCACUGUGGAGACUCUGCCUCCCAACUCCCUCACUGCGGAGGCACUGUUGCCUCCCAACUCCCUCACUGUGGAGAUCCUCUUGCCUCCCAACUCCCUCACUGUGGAGAUCCUCUUGCCUCCCAACUCCCUCACUGUGGAGACUCUGCCUCCCAACUCCCUCACUGCGGAGGCACUGUUGCCUCCCAACUCCCUCACUGUGGAGAUCCUCUUGCCUCCCAACUCCCUCACUGUGGAGACUCGGUUGCCUCCCAACUCCCUCACUGUGGAGAUCCUCUUGCCUCCCAACUCCCUCACUGUGGAGACUCGGUUGCCUCCCAACUCCCUCACUGUGGAGAUCCUCUUGCCUCCCAACUCCCUCACUGUGGAGACUCGGUUGCCUCCCAACUCCCUCACUGUGGAGACUCGGUUGCCUCCCAACACCCUCACUGUGGAGACUACAGGCAAAAAUACUUGUUCUAUUGUAGCGGAGAGAAGAUGAAAUGUAUGAUGUAAUAAUGGAUAACGCUUUCUCACCCAGCACCAUAACACGGUCAUAACCAUCUCAUAACACACAUAUUUAGACCGGUUGUGACAGGUAUUGCGUUAUAUGGCUGUUGUGACACCUACCUAAGUGUCAAAACCUACCACACAAGGCAAAACAUUCUAAUGCACCGUAACCUACGUGUCAACAGUACAUUUUUUUUUUUUUUUAAAUGUACCAUAUUAAUUGUAAUUGAUGUCAGACAUGCACCUAGUCCAAUGCUCUAUUGUUGAUGACUGGGAUGAAUGCAGGACAAGACACCCUCUUUGUGACUGACGAAAGGACUAUCUGAUUAUGACGGUCAUAAAGUGUAUUUUCUACAUGAUGGAACAAAAACUUAAAGGAUUUAAAGGUUGUUUUUUUUAAGGAACUUUGCCUGGGGGAAAAACUGAUUUGAGUUAGUGUGGGUUUUGACACUUUUGCAGGGGUUUUCGCCGGCCAUAAAAUAACACAAUGUCACAACCGGGGUAAAUACAUGGGUCAUAAGUGUUGACCGUAUUGAGAGGUUAUGGGUGUAGAGUAAAGUGUAAUCAAUAAUGCUUUUGGUUGGUGUGAGCCCGAAUCAGGUUGUCCCGACGACCAUAGAACUGUUUUUUUAGAAACAGAACCCCCACCGUUUUUAAAAUAACCGUUUUUUGAAGUGUGUUAGGAAAUUAUGCGUUCUUUUGUUAGUGGGAGGAGUUUCCUCCCCCCGACGGCUGUCCUGUUGUCCCCCUGCGGCGACUCAAACAGAGCCUAACUCAGAAGACUCCUCGUCAACGACCGUGCCUGAUUCUCCAUGGCUUUGGGUGCAUCUGAAAAUGGGUCACUAUUCCCUUCAUAGUGUACUACUGUUGAUCAGGCUCUGGUUAAAACUAGUGCACUAUGUAGUAAAUAGUGUGCCAUUUUACGGUCACAGAAUAGCUCUCUCUGCGGGAAGAUGAUCAUGACGCCGAACACAGAGAACUUGUUUUCCCAGCAUGCAAUUGCUGAGUUCGUUUUUCAUACGGCAUUUUCUUGUACUAGUGUGAGGAGGGGGGGGGGGGCUGGGCAGUCAAGAACAAGUGUAUAUUUGUGUGAGACAUUUCUGGGACACUGAGGCAGAAUGUUUUAAAUGGUCUUUAUCAGCAGUUUGUUGUGAUAAAGAAAAUAUAUAUUGACAGGAAAAUACAACUUUUAGAGAAAAAUAAACGUGUGUGUGUUUA